AUGCAAUGUACAGAAUGCACCAAACUUUAUCAUCUUGAAUGUCUGUCAAUACCAAGCAAUGAAGACGAUCCUACCACGUCUACGUGGCUGUGCCCUCAAUGUCAUGGAACGCAAAAAUUGGGUAAUAACGAUAACACCCUGGUUCGCUACAACCCAAAUAUAACUGUGAGGCCGGGAAAAAGGCAAGUUUUGAACUCCCCACUAAAGGCUUCAGAUGAAAGGCCAAUAACAAGGGACGAGAUGCAAGAAAUUAUCAAGGACGUAGUGACUCAAUUCCAAAAGACAAUGCGCAUCACCAUAUCGGACAUCCUAGGUACUGAAUUAAAAUCUUUGAAGGAGGAAAUAGUGGAUAUGAAGAAGUCUAUGAAUUUCAUAUAUACAAAGUAUGAAUCUAUCACAAAGGAGCAUGCAGAGGCCAACGAUAAAAUAAAACUCCUAGAGACAGAAAACGGUGCACUGCAGUCAAAGGUUGAGGACUUCCUUGAACAAACUGCUCCCUACCUUAGCAAGGACCAGAUACUGAAAAGCAUGAAGUCCUUAGAUCUUAAUAAGGGCCCAGGACCAGAUUGUGUCCCUCCUUUAUUCAUUAAGGCAUGUGUGGAUGAGCUAGUGACGCCUAUAUAUCUAAUUUUUAAGAAGUCUCUUAAAUCCGGCCUAUUUCCUGAUGUUUGGAAGUCCGGUAAAGUUGUUCCAAUUCACAAGGCCGAUAACGUCGAGGUGGUAGAGGACAUCGAACAGUUUCAAUGUGAUGUUGACCGUAUGGUAAAUUGGUGUCGAGACAAUGGUAUGUACCUGAACACAAACAAGUGCUACCGUAUGAAAUUCAGUAGAAAGAUCAAGUCACUGAACACAUCAUACAAAAUUAACGGCGACAUCAUUAAGAAAACAGAGGAAGUCAGAGACCUGGGAAUAGUGUUCGAUAAAAAAUUAACCUUCGUUCCCCACAUCGAGCAUACGCUUACAACAAGGGCGUAUAGAAUGCUAUAG